AUGACUUUUCAGGAAAAGUUGGGCAGGGGAACAACAUCCACAACAUCUGGAGCAGGAGCAGCAGCGGUGUCAGCAACCUCCCCCACUCCCACUCCUACCCCCACGGUCACCUCACUGGGGGCCAGGGCUAGGGGAGGCGGCAACAACAGCAGCAGCAUUGGCGUCAAGACCCAACAGGCCACCUGCAGGUGCUUCCCUCAUGGUGUCUGUAAAGAAGACAAGAACUUGAACAAUUUAUCCGACAGCCCCUAUAGGGUCGUGUGCAAGUACUUCCAGCAAGGGGACUGCAUCUUCGGGGACUGCUGCAGAUAUGAACAUAGCCAGCCACUGAAGCAGGAAGAAGCGGCCACUAUAGAUCCAGCUGCAAAGCCAUCCCUCGCUGUGUCCUCCAGCCUCCCACCUGGAGUCAAACCGCUCGCCAAGAUGGGUGAAGGAGAAUUGAGAAGUCCAAAUUUGGCUGCUGUCGGGGCAGGUGCAGAGGACUGGGCAAAUGCUGUAGAGUUUGUCCCUGGACAGCCUUACUAUGGCCGGACUGUCCUGGCCUGCCCUAAAGUCCUCCCGCAGGGCUCAGUGACCACAGAGCAAUCAGAGAAAGAGCAGCCCAUGGACACCAAGAAGCAGCUGUGCCCCUACGCCUCAGUGGGCAAGUGCAGCUAUGGGGAAAACUGUGUGUACCUCCAUGGGGACUUGUGCAACAUGUGCACACUGCAGGUCCUACAUCCCAUGGACGCUGCCCAGCGUGCACAGCACAUCAAAUCGUGCAUUGAGGCCCACAAAAAGGACAUGGAGCUCUCCUUGGUGGUCCAGAGCAGCAAGGACAUGGUGUGUGGCAUCUGCAUGGAGGUAGUCUAUGAGAAGGCCAGCCCCAGUGAGCGCCGCUUCGGGAUCCUGUCCAACUGCAACCACACCUACUGUCUCAAGUGCAUCCGAAAAUGGAGGAGCGCCAAGCAGUUUGAGAGCAAGAUCGUAAAGUCCUGCCCUGAAUGCCGCAUCACAUCUAACUUUGUCAUUCCCAGUGAGUACUGGGUAGAGGAGAAAGAAGAGAAGCAGAAACUCAUUCAGAAAUAUAAGGAGGCAAUGAGCGACAAGGCGUGCAGGUAUUUUGAUGAAGGACGCGGGAGCUGCCCAUUUGGAGGCAACUGUUUUUACAAGCAUGCCUACUCCGAUGGCCAUAGAGAGGAGCCCCAGAGACAGAAAGUGGGAGCCAGCAGAUGCCAGCCCCAGUCCAGGAGCCACCAGGAGUUCAUUGAGGAACAAGAGAGAGCCGACCCCUUAGACCAGGAUGAACAGGAGGACGAAAUGUUGCUUAUGCUUUUGGCCACAGGUGGGGAUGAAGAGCUGACGGACUCGGAAGAUGAGUAGGACUUGUUUCACGAAGAGCUGGAGGACAUUUAAUGACUUGGACCUAUAGUAGCAUGCUAAGGUGACCGAGUGACCUCAGCAGGCCUGCCCGCUACACAUGCUGUUGUAAUAAUUCCUCCCAGGGUCUCUCACUGCCCACCCCAAACCCCCAGCUCUACUCCUCACCCACCUUAGGAGUGUGCUGUUUUCUCUUGGGGGAAAUUUGCGAUUUUUUUUUUCCUGGUUAAAAUAGUUGGGCAUGUUACGGUUGUAAGUUGUGCACGCUAAGUUGUAUCUUCAUAAUGGGUAAUAGGCCAAACAUUUGCGGCAUUUUUAUUUCAAAGGGUAAGUUCAAGAUCUGUUUGAUUAGAUUUACGUAAUUAUGGAAUUCAUUUGAUUUUAUGCCUUUGCACAGUGGGCAUUAAUAACUAUUUUGCCAACUAUAACCUUUUAAACUUUUAAUUAUCUGAAAGGAGUGGCUGAAUGUAAUGUAGAAAGUCUUAAAAUUGUUUUCUUGUGUGUUAUACAUAUAUGCUUGUUCUUGCCUUAAAUUUUUUUUAUUUCUAUUACUUUCAUGCUGCUCAGUUAAUUCUUAUUUCUUAAAUAAUAUGCUGAACGGUUGCAUUUUCUGUAGGAAAAACUAAACCCACUUUAAUUGAGUCAGUCCAUCUCACAGCCAUGAUAUUAUAGCGCAGAGUAGUAUUGCUUCCUGAGAGCGUAAAUCUUUUUUUUUCUUUUCUUUUUAACUGUAAAUCUUAAUAGAAAGCA